CUGCGCCGGCAUGGCGGUGUGCGCUCGGCUCUGCGGUGUGGGCCCGUCGCGGGGAUGCCGGCGCCGCCAGCAGCGCCGGGGCCCGGCCGAGACCGCGGCAGCCGACAGCGAGCCGGACACGGACCCCGAGGAGGAGCGCAUCGAGGCGGGCGGGGCGCUGUCCGGGGCGCCGGGCGGCCGGGGCGCCGGCCCCCCUCCGCCCCCGCGCUGCUCGCUCCUGGAGCUGCCGCCGGAGCUGCUGGUGGAGAUCUUCGCGUCGCUGCCCGGCACCGACCUGCCCAGCCUGGCCCAAGUGUGCACCAAGUUCCGGCGCAUCCUGCACACCGACACCAUCUGGAGGCGGCGCUGCCGGGAGGAGUAUGGCGUUUGUGAGAACCUGCGGAAGCUGGACAUCACCGGCGUGUCUUGUCGAGAUGUCUAUGCCAAGCGUAUAAACCCUCGCGUGAAGUCGGGACGUUUCAUGAAAAUUCUUCCCGAUUACGAGCACAUGGAGUACAGAGAUGUUUACACCUGCCUGCUUCAUCGAUACAGACACAUUCUGGGAUUGUGGCAGCCGGACAUCGGGCCCUACGGAGGAUUGUUGAAUGUGGUGGUUGAUGGCCUGUUCAUCAUUGGCUGGAUGUACCUGCCUCCUCACGACCCUCAUGUGGAUGACCCAAUGAGAUUCAAGCCCUUGUUCAGAGUCCACCUGAUGGAGAGAAAGUCUGCCACGGUGGAGUGCAUGUAUGGCCACAGAGGGCCCCACAAUGGCCACAUCCAGAUUGUGAAGAAGGACGAAUUCUCCACAAAGUGCAACCAGACAGACCACCACAGGAUGUCUGGUGGGAGGCAAGAGGAAUUCCGAACAUGGCUGAGGGAAGAAUGGGGGCGGACACUGGAGGACAUUUUCCAUGAGCACAUGCAGGAGCUCAUCCUGAUGAAGUUUAUCUACACGAGUCAGUAUGACAACUGCCUGACCUACCGCCGCAUCUACCUCCCACCCAGCCACCCGGAUGACCUCAUCAGACCCGGCCUUUUCAAAGGCACCUAUGGCAGCCACGGCCUAGAGAUUGUUAUGCUCAGCUUCCAUGGAAAGUGUGCCAGGGGCACGAAGAUCACGGGGGACCCCAACAUCCCUGCUGGGCAGCAGACAGUGGAGAUCGACCUCAUGCACCGUAUUCAGCUGCCUGAUGUGGAGAGCCUCCGCAACUUCAAUGAGCUCUCGCGCAUCGUCCUGGAGGUUCGGGAGCAGGUCCGUCAGGAGCAGCAGCAGCAGGAGAAUGGGCCCGAGGACGGUGAGGGCCGAGGCCAGCAGAGUCCCCGAGAGCCCCAGCGGGGCCCUGCCCAGCCCAGCGCAGAGCUGCCUGCCGAGAAGGGCGGGGAGUCUCGGGAUGGAGAGGCCGAGGCUGCAGCUCCACCUGCACCUGAGCAGCCCGCCCAGUCAGGGCAGGGGCAGCCGUUCGUGUUGCCUGUGGGCGUGAGCUCGAGGAACGAGGACUAUCCCCGCACCUGCAGGAUGUGUUUUUAUGGCACAGGCCUCAUUGCUGGCCAUGGCUUCACCAGCCCUGAGCGCACACCUGGGGUCUUCAUCUUGUUCGACGAGGACCGCUUCGGGUUCAUCUGGUUGGAGCUGAAAUCCUUCAGCCUGUACAGCAGGGUGCAGGCCACCUUCCAGAACGCAGAGGCGCCAUCCCCACAGGCCUUCGAGGAGAUGCUCAAGAACAUCCAGUCCCUGACUUCCUGACGGGCCAGUGCCCUGUAGGGUGGCUCCCAGGGCCCUGGACCCUGCUCCUGCGAAAGGAAGCAGCAUGCACUUUGGAGAUUUGGCCUUCUGACCAGAAUACCGACCUUGUAAGAGUCUUGGCCUAGCCACCCCAAGAUUCUUGUAUAGAGUGUACAUUUGCCCCGGUCCUCGUCAGGAGCUCAUAGGAAGGCUGACUGAGCAUGUCUUAUAAAAAAAGAAAAAAGAAAAAAGAAAAAGAAAAAGAAAAGAAAAGAAGGAAGAAAGAAGCUGAAAGGACUGAUGGAGAGGGCUGACUACAGUCUUGUGAACAACUCGAGUGGAGAAAUGGGGUGUCCCCUUGGCCUGUAGGCAGUUUUCAUGGGACAGGCUGAGUGACCCUCUGGGCUACUAGGGGGGAUUGAUUGUGCGUGAGCUUUGCCAGCUCCCUUGCAGGAGGCGAGUGAAAGCGGCUGCAGGCUGGCAAGGGGCUGGGGCAGUGAGUGCUCAGAGGGAGUCCUGGGGGGUCGGGAUGCUGGGCCAGGACCCUGGACUGAAUUCUUGUUUCUCUACUAACCUGCUUGGAUUUUGGACAAAAGUAUUUCACCUCUGCCAUGUUUGUGCAUCGGUGUGGUGGGGUCAGUGAUGCAGGCCAGUAGGGAGUGGCACAGUGGGCCUCUGAACAGCUUAGGGGCCCUGGCCUCUCUCUAGCUUUAGAGUUAAGACCCUCGCUGCAGCCAGUUCCAGACAGGGCAUCUGUUUGCACACCCCUACCCACCUCCUGCACACGCUCUGGUGUUGGAACCCUGAGCUGAGCCACUUGUCCCAGAACCUGCCCCAGGAUUUGGCAGGGCUACAUCCCAAACAGUCCUAUAUUGCCCAUUUGUACACAGGUGCUGUUUUUGCAAGUGUCAAAGCAGCAGAGUGGUUGCACAGAUGACUUUGGAGCCCCUUUGUGGGUAAUAGGGCAGCUUUCUAGAAAAGUCACCCCUUAUGUAUGGAAUGCACUUUGGAGACCAGGGCCUCUUGGGAGCCUCUGGGGUGGAAACCCUGAGCAUGGAUGCUUCUGCUGGUGGUGUGCCUGUGUCCCAUUGACACCUGCAUUUGGGGACCCUCCGUAAGGUCUCUGCUGAGAACAGAGCCCGAAAUGCACAUAGACACCCAAGAAUUAGUUGCAGCUCUGUCUCCAGCCUGCAGAGAGCUGUCACCAUGUUCGCCUUCUAUGAGUUGUGGCUUCACUUGGGAGGCAUGCAGAUUUUGUCUCCCUCUGUGUGGCUUGCUCUUGUUGGGUGAACUGUGCUGAGCCCUCAUGCGGGGGGGGGGGGGGGGGGGAGGAGGUAAGGGACCCCAGGGAAGGGGGCAGCUUUGUGGUGCCUUCAUGUAGAGACCAACAUGAGAUGUCCCAUGAAACGUGUUUUCCUGAUGAAUUUCUCCCUGACUGGCCUUUUUAAAAAAAAUAAUAAAAAAAUCCCUAUUGCUCUAGCUUCAGUACCUUUGGCAACUUUGAACUUCCUUUGCUUCCUAGAAUUGUAGGAUUGAUAAGCUCUGCGGCAUGGUCCCUAAAAGGCAGACCUUCUAGGAGGUUCUUUCCGGACUCCGACUCGGGAAGGAGGCAAGCCAAGAAGGCAGGGUCCCCUCUGGCUGGCUGUCGGCACCACAGCUCAGCUCACCUCCCACAUCUUUCUAGCAGGACCUGAGGUGCGGUCACAGUUUUUGUGUCUUCCGCGUGUCUUCUGUGGGACUGAGCUUUCAAGUGCUGUCACCCCCACCCCUUUGUGGCUGUUGCUGUUUGACCUGUGCCAGGUGUGGCUGCUCCUGCAUGGGGUAGCCACGGCCAUGAAGCCUCAGGGAGAACAGAAUGAAGGGAGAACAGAAUGAAGGCCAGCAAUGUGACGGCUGCCGUGCUUCAUGUUUCGCCCAAGCCUGAGGCUCGCUCUUAAGGCUACUCGGCCCGAGGCCUCCCCUUGUCUGUGACACCCAUUGACACUCAUUGAAGAUGAGCCUUUUCAUCAGAAAGGGGCCCCAUGGUUUCCACUGUUGGCUGCAUUCACAUUGGUCUCUGUCUUAGGCCAGGCCCCAGGGACCUUUGGGGCCGAACAGCUGGUUGUGGCCUGGGUGAUGCCAGGUAGGGCCUGCAGUGGUGGAGGGUGAGGGCUUGUCACCUGCACAGCUGGUCAUUCAGAGUACGUGUUGUGUCCCACUUGGUGUAUUUGUGGCCAGUUCUGGUUUCCAGUUUGGUAGGUGAGUGGGUAGCUAUGUAAACUAGCCCCAGCGGGCAUGCCUUAGGGGAGAGUGGGCAACCGGCUUCUGGGAGCCACUUCUGGCUGGUGAGCAUUCAGAACGGCUCCCGUUGUGGUUGGAAGCUUGAAGACAGCUGGGAUUUGAUAAAGCAGGUCCCCACAAGGAACCAGAAUGACCUGAUUUAGGGACUGUCUGUGCUUGUGCUUGAUUCCAGGAAGGGGUUACCGGACCCUGGGUCAGUCUGGACAUCUUCCCCUGGUUGGCACCACCUCAUUUGCCACUGUGCUGCUGUGAGGUUGGAUAAGUCUGUUGUGUGAGUGGCAGGAGCCUCAGGUGUGUCUCUGCGUACCUGGGCAUGUGCUGUUCUGCUACUUGAGGGGGAAUGAUGUGAUUGGAGAUUUCAAAUGUGAGUCAUUGGAGUCUUCUCUAUUGGGGCUGAAUGUUCACUGCAUGAGGCUGAUGUAAAUGACUUUUUUUUUUUUUUUUUUUUUUUUGGGCUAUCUGGUUAUGUUGGCCUAACCACCUCAGACUUGCAGUGGUCUGCUGUUGGGUGGGAGCAGGUUUGGAGGCCUCAUGGUGGUGGGAGUUCCAGAAUCCUUCCUCCCAUGUUCCAGACUGGGCCUCCCUUCCCAGCAUCACCCCUUGGUCCUGCCAUCUGGACUGUGGCUGAUGCUGAGGGCUGCAGCUUCCACCCCUCCAUCCCCUCCUCCCCCAACACAAGCAGCUUAGGCUGGAUGCCUGUACCCUGGCAUUCCUCUUGGCCAGGGCAGAAGGUAGGAGAGCUCCCACAGUGGGCUUACUUGAGGAGGAGGCCAGGCCUCUGUUCCUAUGUCUUGGAGAACAGGCUGUGAGCUGGAGUUGGCACAUCUGACAUUCUCUUUUCCUGAGAACCUGGGGUUUACUGCUGUGGCCUGGUCGGGCAAGGCCCUCCCGUCAGCCAGGCGAUCAUCUGUGCUCCAGCAGCGGCAGUGGUCAUUGUGGGUUGCCUAUGUGUUCUCUCAUUGCUGCAGUGCGGUCACUGUAGUGCUCCUGAGUGGUGACAGAGGGGAACCUGUUUAGUCCCUUUACUUGGUGAACUCGGUCACGGGAAUCUUGGAAUUUCUGACUCCUGCCCACAGUGUCUGUGUGUUGAAGAUGAACCUCCAUACAGACUUGGUGCUUUGAGGAAGCUGCCCUGUUCCAUCAGAAGCCCUCAUUCUGUCUUCUGUCCUCGUGCUCUAACUUUUAAGAACCUUUAUGGGAGUGUUCUCAUAUAGCCCUCCCCUGGCUUGAGGCUCGUGCACCCUAGUCCUUGGCCAAUCCCAGAGGUAACCUAGGCCGAUCUCCCUGUUCUUACUUUUAGGAGGUCUGGAAUAUAAUCUGGCUGUACAUUCUCAGAGGUGUUGAGAGAGUAGAAAUAAGCCAUGAUACCAUCAGUUUGCCUGAAGCUGUGAAUGGGAACAAGACAGUGCCAAAUUACUGAGUGUUCCAUGUCAUGGUGUGGUGGCCUGUAGGCCAGCCUUCAGGAGGUGUUGGUGGCCAGCAGUGACCCUGAGACAUGGAGGACGUCCAGUCUUCUGGGCCCUUUGUGUGCUCACAGGGAGACCCGCCAAAACACAUGAAGGGGUCAGAACCUUUGCUUUUUCAGCCUAAUUUUACUUUUGGUUGCUAUUUGAGAUCAUGUAGCCUACUUGGAGAAGAAACGAGUUUAUGCUGCUUGAUCUUGAGAUCCCACGCCCUGACAGGUGAGGUGGGGGGAGUUGCUGUUCCUCUCCGGCGUCUGCUCUGGUGCAAGGUGGGCUGGAGCAGGGAUGAUGCACCCCUGGCAGGGCCAGGAGCUGAGGAAGUGGCUGCUGUGAGCCUGUGCCCAGUGUUGUCACCCAGAUGGGACCACUGUGUGGGGCUGUUUCUCCAUAAAUCAGUUUUUGAAACCUU